AGGGGGGGGGGAAGGGGAGGGGCCUCGCCGAGCCCAGAAAAACGACAACGCGAGAAAAAUUAGUAUUUUUGCACUUCACAAAUUAAUGACCAUGAGUUCGUUUUUGAUAAACUCCAACUACAUCGAGCCCAAAUUCCCUCCCUGCGAGGAAUACACGCAGCACAGCGGCAGCGCCGGCAGCUCCGCCAGCUACCACCCGCACCACUCGCACCCGCACGCCCCGCCGCCGCCGCCGCCUCCGCCGCACCUGCACGCCGCGCACCCGGGCCCGGCGCUGCCCGAGUACUUCCCGCGGCCGCGCCGGGAACCGGGCUACCAGGCUCCCGCGGCGCCGCCGGGGCCGCCGGGGCCGCCUCCCGAGGCGCUCUACCCCGCGCAGGCACCCUCCUACCCCCAGGCGCCCUACAGCUACAGCAGCGCCGGCAGCGCCGCCCCGGGCCCCGAGCAGCCGCCCCCGGGCGCCUCGCCGCCGCCGCCCGCCAAGGGCCACCCCGGCCCGCCCCAGCCCCUGCUCCCAGGCCAUGCCCUGCAGCGCCGCUGCGAAGCAGCCCCCGCCGCCGGGGCCGGCACCGGGCCCGCCUGUUCGCUGCUGCCCGACAAGAGCCUGCCCGGGCUGAAGGGGAAGGAGCCGGUGGUCUACCCCUGGAUGAAGAAGAUCCAUGUGAGCACGGUCAAUCCCAAUUACAACGGAGGGGAGCCCAAGAGGUCUCGCACUGCCUACACCAGACAGCAGGUCCUGGAGCUGGAGAAGGAGUUUCACUUCAACCGCUACCUGACCAGAAGGCGACGCAUCGAGAUCGCGCACACCCUCUGCCUCUCCGAGCGCCAGGUCAAAAUCUGGUUCCAGAACAGGCGCAUGAAGUGGAAGAAAGACCAUAAACUGCCUAACACAAAGAUGCGCUCCUCAAACCAGUCCACACUGAGCCAGCAGUCCAAAGCACAGACACAGGGCCACCCCCAUCCGCUCGAUGGGGCUACACCCAACGCAGCUGCGCUAUAAAUACGGUUUUGGUUUGAGUCUUUUUGGUCUUUUUUUGUUUGGUUGGCUUUUUUUUUUUUUUGUCGUUGUUGUUGUUGGUUUUUUUAAUAUAUAUAUAUAUAUAUAUAUAUACCUAUCUAUUGGGGUUUUCAAGCUGCCUCGAGGUGGAGGCUGGCCUUUUGGACCAAACUGUGUAAAACAAAACAGGAGCAGAAAAGGAAGACGAGACGUGUCCAAGAACGGGCACAUGUUUAAACCAAAACCCGGACGAUUGUCUACAUUGUAUAUAGAUAAUGGUUCCAUGCCCAUCAUUUUUUUCUAUUUAUGGAAACACUCUCUUGCCCUCGGUGUAAGAGAGGGAUGGAUGCUGUCAUGGACGAAUUCUCUGUACCUAAGACGGACUCUUUUUUUUUUUUUUUUUUUUUUUUUAGGGAACACGGUAAAAUAAAAAACAUUUAAAACAAAGCAAAGAGCUCGUGAGACACUUGUGUAAGGCAUUGACUUGAAUAGCGCUGUUUUGUGGUGUGUUCAUGGAUUUCUCUGUGUGUGCUUGUGUGUGUGAUGGUGCACGGGCACGUAUACACACACAGACCAGCAUGGGAGAACGAACACGUCCUCAAGAGGUUAAAGACUUAUGAAAAAGUCCCCUUACGCUGUCUAAAGGAAAAUGUUUUAUGUAUCAAAGGUAACUUAACUGGUUUUAAGUGUAGCCCCCUCAGUAGCUGUGAUCUAUUAGUUUUUCUCCACAUUCCCUAUUGCAUUUAUUUAAAGAAAUAUUGCUAUAAAGGCUGUUGCUGUCUUCAUAUUUGGCACCGUCUAAAUAGUUUGGGUCCAUGUACAAUUUGUGGAUUUUUGGUGUAAUGUAUAACAGUGCCAAAUGCUAGUAAUAAAGAUUAUUCUGUACAAAAGAAUUAAACGCUUGAAACACAA